AUGAAUAAUCGGUUACUGACCCUCUACGGACAGCCACAGACGCAACCAGACAGCCACAGACGCAACCAGACAGCCACAGACGCAACCAGACAGCCACAGACGCAACCAGACAGCCACUGUCGCAACCAGACAGCCACUGACGCAACCAGACAGCCACUGACGCAACCAGACAGCCACAGACGCAACCAGACAGCCACUGUCGCAACCAGACAGCCACAGACGCAACCAGACAGCCACUGUCGCAACCAGACAGCCACAGACGCAACCAGACAGCCACUGUCGCAACCAGACAGCCACUGUCGCAACCAGACAGCCUCUGACGCAACCAGACAGCCACUGUCGCAACCAGACAGCCACUGUCGCAACCAGACAGCCACCAGACGCAACCAGACAGCCCCACCAGACGCAACUAGACAGCCACAGACGCAACCAGACAGCCACAGACGCAACCAGACAGCCACAUACGCAACCAGACAGCCACUGACGCAACCAGACAGCCACUGUCGCAACCCAGACAGACCACGGAGCAACAAGACAGCCACAGACGCAACCAGACAGCCACAGACGCAACCAGACAGCCACUGUCGCAACCAGACAGCCUCAACGCAACCAGACAGCCACAUACGACCAGACAGCCACAGACGCAACCAGACAGCCUCUGACGCAACCAGACAGCCUCUGACGAACCAGACAGCCACAGGACGCAACCAGGACAGCCACAGACGCAAACAGACAGCCACAGACGCAACCAGACAGCCACAGACGCAACCAGACAGCCACAGACGCAACCAGACAGCCACAGACGCAACCAGAGAGAGCCAGCAGACCGCAACCAGACAGCCACAGACGCAACCAGACAGCCACAGACACAAGCGGACACAGAUUCGGCGAAAAGCCACCGCUUCCGAGAGCCUCGGUGACGUCUGCCAGUAG